AUGACCGAGCCGGUCAGCAGCGUGACCAUUGGUGGAUACAGUUGCGAUGUACAGGAGAAUCCUGAAAAAGUUGCGAGUCAGCGAAAGAAGUCGAACUGCACAAUGACACCAUUCCUUUGUUUCAUGAGAGCACUAAUUGAUCUUGAACAGGAGACCGAGGCAGAGUGUGCGUCAAUGCAAGAAACAGAUCCGGGAAAAAAGAAGCAGUUGCUAUCGGCGCAAAAACAGAUCCUGGAGAGAAGGAAUAAUCAUGAAGCGGUGAACGUUGUGUGUCAGUGUUGA